AUGUCUGGCAACAGCCUUGCAGAAGCCAUAUCCUUUUUGGAUAUCAACGACGACGACGAUCCAGCAAACUUCUCCGAAGAUGAGGUUGACGUCCAGGCGUACGACACUGAAGACUUGGAUGAAGACGGCCCAAUCACGACCGGAGACGAGGAUGAUGAUUUCGGAUUCUUCGACUUCAUCCCACCAGCAUUGGUUCCUGAUCCAACAGAGAUAGAACUCCCGUGGCAUAUACUUGAGAGUGGCGUCACCGUCCACCCCGGCACCGUGAUAGAGUUGCGCGACCACACUGACAGGAAGACCAAGCAUAUGACCUCCGGUGAUUUCUUGUUCGUCAAACACAUCAUUGAGGAUCUUGCCAGUGAAGAAGUGAUCUUGCGUGGAUACCGCCUGAGACGCUGCUCCUCUUUACGGCCACUCUUCGAUAACAAAUUGAAUGAUCUCUUCAUGUUAAUUGAGAUGCAUAAUCACGACAAGAGACCACGCUCCAUUCAAGGCCUGAACGAUGUGUCUCCAGAGGAUGUCGUCUGUCUACGCAGAUGCACUUUUACUAAUCUCAAUUAUGAGGCAUUCGGUUUAAGACAUUCUAACCCACAGGGUCCUCAGCGGCUCAAGACGCAAGAUGAGGUCCGUCAAUGGAUCUUUCACCAAGGCCAACUGAUUUGUCGCUGGGUUCACGUCGUCGAACUACAUAAAGAGGACAAGUCAUACGGGGGCGAGGUUCGUAGGAUGUAUAAGCGAGAGGUCACGGAAUUUAUGCAGCACGUUCAUACUCCGCGCCCAGUCGUACCAUCCAGUUCCCAGCGUUCAACACCUACCCUGUCACUAAGCUCAAGCAAGCCGUCAUCCGACGACGAAGACCGAAUCGAGUUAACGACGUCAGCCCAACACAUUCCCCAGAAGAGUAGAGUCUUUACUUUUGGAGAUGGUUAUUGUGGAGCUGGAGGAGUGUCUGAUGGCGCACGACAAGCAGGAUAUCGUGUUCUUUGGGGUCUUGAAAAUGAUCCCUGUGCAAUGGCAGCCUACCAGAAGAACUUUCCCGGCGCCAUGCACCUGAACUGGGAUGCACAAGACCUGCCCGACAAGGCGACUCGUUAUCAGCAUGGAUGCGAUCAUCUGCACAUGAGCUGUCCAUGCUGCUUCUGGUCGGAAGCACAUACCAGCGCGGGAGCAAACGAUGAAGCGAAUAUACUGACCUUGUACACGGUUGAGGCCUGGCUUCACAAACUCAAGUCUACACGCUUCUCUUUAGAACAGGCUCCAGGUCUGCUCAAGCUAUCCAAGCACCGUGGGUACUUUCGCAACUUGCUCAAUGGUAUCCUAUUGAGAGGCUACAAUGUGAGGUACAAGAUCCAGGAUCAAGCAUGGUUUGGCAUCCCUCAGCACAGGCGCAGGCUCAUUUUCGUUGGGUCCAAAAUUGGUUUCCCCCUCCCACCAUUCCCGAGCCCAACUCAUGGUCCUGACGGGAGUGGCUUGAAGCGCUUUGUCACCAUAGAAGAUGCUCUGAGACCCCUCCAUCAGCAGUGGCGACGCUUCAGACAUGAUACGUACCAUCAACCCAAAUUGGAAAGUUUUAUGGAUGGAACUCAAGUCAAUCCUCACAUUAGUCUGGCAAAAUGCGUCACCACCUCAGGCGGCGAUAAUACCCAUUACUCUGGCUCUCGAAGUUACACAGUUAGAGAGUUUUCAUUACUUCAGGGACUGAGCCUUGGUUUCCACUUUGAAGGGUCAAUCACUAGUGCAAAGAAACAAUGCGGUAACGUCUGGCCAUCUGCAACGAACAAGGUUUACUUCCUACUGUGGGCGGCGCACCACGAGGCAUUUGACCACGGCCUCAUAGAUGCCGAAGACGAGGUUCUCGAUCUCUACGACUUUCUCGAAGCCAAGGGGGUUUCACUUUCACAUCCUGCACCUACCGAGUUCGACUUAUUCGACAGCUCGUCCCCACGAUCUGAAGCCCAGCAUCCUGACUAUCGAUAUCUACAUCGCAUAGAGAAGACGGUGAAGCCUCUCUUUCCACUAUCCUUGUGGGCUCGGGCGAAAGAUCUCGCACCGAUUCCUCAGAGUCGCCCACGGGCUGAGCCUGAUAUGGGAUUCGGAUUGUCCGGCAACAAAUCCAGCAGUCGCAGCCGCUCUACUUCUACAUCUUUGCGACCCAUUAAGCGCGAGAGGACAGUGUCACAUAAGACCGAGCAGGAAGAAGUCGAUUUCUACGAAGACCUGUUUCAAGCUCAAGAUACCGGCAACUUCUACGACUUCACGUGAGCUGAUACAAGUGUGUACGAACUCAAGCGGAUCUUUACAAUAUGCUCGUCAGCGAGUGGAGUUCUCGCUUUGUUUGUAGAAGGGGGAGAGCCACAAUUUUCUCUGUUUACGAAGUAACUUUCUCGAUGACACGAAUCAUUUUCCGUCCUGACCAACCAACUGCGCAUCAGUGUAUCAGCAAUAACGCCCAUUCCAGCUCCAAAAAGCUCAAGUUGACAACGAGCAAGUUUGCUUACCCCUUUC